GGCUCCUCGCAUGAGCGACCGCAGUCAGCGCGCAGCAGGCAGCAGCUCGCUGGCGCUCGCUCGUCUGCGGUGUAGUUUCGUGCUGUGCGUUCAUAUUACCGACGACAUUAUAGAGAAGACCGAGCGGGUGGCCGCCCGCCGAGCGGGAGACGCACGCACACAGCCAGCGACGGGCAGAGCCGGACGAACCAAAAUGGCUAAUUGUCAGACUGGUUGGUGCAGCAGGCGAUACCUGCCGCUACGUGCUACGUUGCUGGCGUACGAGGACGAGCGUUGGUAGGUGGUGGUGCCGCGGCCUGCCUCUGUUUCACUCCCUCUCGCGCACUCUCUCUUCUCGCAGCGCCCUGAGACCCAUCACGGAGAAGCAUGGCUUCUGGUGCAUCCUCCUUGGACAGCGCUGGGAGUAGUGAUGGUGCACUUAACAUGGAGGGGGAUAGCGGGAGCUAUGGCAGUGUCGGAAGCCCGGUUGGUGGCCCCGAAUGCCGUGGCGACUAUGACGGUUUGCAGGCACAGUGCGAUCAGGCGAUGCGACAUCAGAUUCAGAUACUUAGGCAUAAGCACUCCGAAACCAUGAGACGGUGUGAGCAUACUAUGAAGGAAUUGGAGUACUAUCGCGGGCAACACAUAGCAGUCAUGAAUCAACUUGAGGCUACGUCGCAAGAGAAUUCUGCGUUACGGGCGAAAUAUGGCGAUCUGGCGAACGACAAGCAACGACUGGACCGGGAGGUCCAGACAUUUCAGAAGGAAUUGUCGGAACUGCAGCGCAUUCAGAACCAGGAGGUUCUCUCCGAUGCCGCGGGCAACGAUUCCAUGAAUCAGCAUUAUUUGUCAGCGUUGCGAAAAUACGAAGCCGUGAAGGACGAGUACGAUUCUCUGAGAAAACGAUACGACGACUUGAUAGCGUCUCAUUCAUCCGCAGUUAAUAAGCUAGAGUUGUCGCAAGAGGAAGCCAAGAGGCUGAAGAAGCAAUACGACAGCGUUCUCGAGGAGCGCAACGGCGCGGUCCGCGAGCGCAACGGUCUCAAGCAGCAGUGCACCGCCGCAAUACGCCAGUGGGACAUCGCUUUGAGAGAGAGAAACGAGUAUCGCGAAGCGCUCGCUAAGGUGCAGCAGCAGCACGAGGAGGCGGUGAAGGAGAUCAAUCAGGCUAUGGUGCUGCGCAUGAAGGCCAGCAAGGAUAUGAAACGACUUACCGAGGAACGAAAUGCCGCUCUGCAAGAAUACAGCCUGAUCAUGGGCGAACGAGACACGGUGCACAAGGAGAUCGAGAAGCUGGGCGAUGACCUCUCGCAGGCGUACGCGAAAGCCACGCAUCUGGAAACACAAAAUAAGCAGCUCAUUGAAGAGAAGAAAGCGUUGUCUUAUCAAAUCGAGACGUUGAAGAGGGAGAUCUCCUCCGCCAUGCACGACAGGGACGAGGCCCUGAAGCUGUGCAACGAGCUGCGACAGAAGUUUGGCGAUUACUCCGAGGGCUCCAGCAGAGAGUACAUGCAUCGUUUGGAGCUCAACUCGUUCAGUCGCGAGCGCGACAGCGUCAGCAAGGAAGCUGAGAAGGAGACUAAUACGAGAGAUUACGCGACGCGAGACAAGCAGCGCAUGGACAAUCUAGAGCAGGCUAAUCUGGAGCUAGAUAAGCUCAGGAAAUCCGUCGAUACGCUGCAAGCGGAACUCGAAGAGGCCAUUGAGGAGGCCGAGGUAUGCAAGAGGAGGCGGGACUGGGCCUUCAGCGAGCGCGACCGGGUUGUACUGGAGCGAGAGAGCAUAAGAGGUCUGUGCGACCGACUGCGGAAAGAGCGCGACAGCGCGGUCACCGAACUGGCCGGCGCUCUGCGCGACUCCGACUCCAUCAAGAAGCAGCGGAACGAGGCGUCCAAGGAGCUCAAGGACCUGAAGGAGAAGAUCGAGUUCGGCGAUCACGCGCUGCGCACCAGCCAAUUGGCACAGAUCGACGAGGGCAACGAGAUUUGGGAGAUGAUUCCGAUUCACGUGGAGCCCGGCAGAGUCUCCUUGGACUCGGAUCGCGAUCUCGGAGUCAUUCUCGUCGGCGGCCGCGACAGUCCGUAUUAUCCGAACGAUACCGGCGUUUACGUCGCGCAAGUUACGCAGGGUUGCGCCCUCGACGGCAAAUUACGGGCCAACGACUGCAUCGUGCGGGUGAACAAUGUCGAUUGCACGUCAGUGUCGACGCGCGUUAUCUUGGAGACUCUACGCUCGUCCAGCGUCAAUCCGACCACUCUGAUUGUGAGACGGCGCCGAAUGACCAGACGGUCGUUGAGAACCACGCAGCUAUCAGUCGGCACCGUGCCGCACGGCAUCACUCUCGACCUCGGUAUCUAUAUCUCGAAAAUAUCGCCCGGUAGCUUGGCCGCCAAGGAUGGAAAUCUCUCCGUGGGAGAUCGAGUACUGAACAUUAAUAGUAAACCGAUGGAUACUGUAACGACGGCGCAUGAAGCGAUGGAUAUCUUGAACGACACGACAGUGGACGUGCUAACGAUCACGACGUUGAAGGGUAUCCCGGUACCAUCCGCCUCCAGCUCGGAGACGAUAGACGGCGGCUUCGCUGCGGAAAAGCAGAAGAUGGUGAACAGCUGCUCGCAAACCGAGCAGGAGAGAAUGAUGCUGAAGGCCUCAUCGGACGAUUACGAGAGGCGAUACCUUUCGACGAACUUGGACCGUAGCGUCUACAAAGCCGCGAAAUCGGUGAGCGGCGAAAAGUCGAGCGGCAUCAGCAACGCCUGGGACAAUUUCCGGGAGAAGAUCGACAUAGUACGCGGCCGCAAGCACAGCAAGGAGCGCGACGACAGCAAGAAGAAGGGCCACCGCAACUCCAGCCCGAACACGUUCGAGCAGGAGCAGGACGCGAUAGCGGAGCUGGACUCGGUGAUCGAGAGUUACCACAAGAAGGCGAGCAACAGCAACAACGGCGUGCUGAAGCGCAGCAAGCGCCGCGGCACGGAGAAGAUGGAGAAGAACGGCGGCACGUGGCCGAAGGCGCGCGGCGGACCUCUCAUACAAAACGGGACCGGUACUAUUUUACAUCCGCGCAAAUCGAAAGAACGUUUCCCCCUAAGUGUUCUCCUGCACUCACCGAGAUACGAUAACUACAAUUGCAAUCGUAUCUCGAAUCCCAUCCCCCUGACCAACUUUUCCAAUGUCAAUAAUCGUCAUACCGUUUACAAAGCAGUGGAGACGCCGCUACCGAGCUUCACCAAGACCGGACAGCUCUUUAGUCAGAAGUCGUCGUUCGCGCCGGCGGUGCAGUUCAAGGACAUCCCGAUCGACGGCGGCAGUAAGAAGCCGCCGUCGACGGAGUUCGAGAGCAGCGUGUCGGACACCGGGCGGCUGGGUUCCGCGCUGGCGCCGUCCGAGACUAGCAUCGACUUCUCGGUCAAGUCCGGCGGCGCCGGCCGCGACCUCGACGCGUACUUUGCGAGCAAACGGCCGCAGAAGUACACGACCGGCGGCAGCAGCGACACGCAGGUGACGACGGAUACGCUGCAGCACAAUCGCGCGCACUCGCAGCUCUACUCGUCGGGCAUCGGCGGUUCGUCUACGUCCGCCGCGUCGUCCGCCAGCGGGCCGGCAUCCCGCCAGCAGAUCGCGCCCGGUAACUUUCCAUUCCCCCCGCAUCAUCCGUACGCGGCGUCGUCGCACACGCACCAUCCGCAUCCGCAUUCCGCCCAGCACCAGAACUCCCUGCCCUCGCGCUAUCCCUCGCCGCCGUCGCUGCCGUCCGCGCAGUCCGGCGAGUCGAUAGGCCUGCCCGACGCACGUACCUACUGUUUCGAGCCCCCGUACAGCCCCGGGCCGUCGCAGACGUCCGCGUUCGGCCACUUGCACACUCCCUCCGUAGACCUGCACUAUCACAAGUCGCGCGCUCUCUCGCUCGGCAUACCUUGCGACACGGCGGCGGCCGUCUACGCGCACGGAUACGAAGGCGGCACGCUGCCCGGCCGGAAGGAGGAUCAGCGCAUUCGUAUACCGUCCAACACCAGCGUCACGUCCAAGAGCAGCGUCGGCAAACUCUCCACCGGUAGCAUAGAGAGAACGUCGGAGCGCGGCAGCCCGAUGCCAACGUUCCACGUGGAGGUGUUGAGCCCGGGCACCGGCGGCAACAGCGGCACCGGAAGCACCAUCGGCACCGUGCGAGGAAGCGGCGGCAAUAAGCGCGCCAGCAUGCCGGACUACUGUUACUCGCAACCGCGCCCAGCGCCCGGCGAGCUACGCCGCGUGCACAUCGACAAAUCCGUCGAGCCGUUGGGCAUUCAGAUCUCGUGCCUGGAAAGCGGCGGCGUGUUCGUAUCCACCGUGUACGAGCACAGCUUGGCGUCGCAGGUCGGUCUGCAGAUCGGCGAUCAGCUGCUGGAAGUCUGCGGCAUCAAUAUGCGGAGCGCGACCUAUCAGCUGGCCGCCAACGUUCUACGUCAGUGUGGUAACUCGAUCACGAUGCUGGUGCAGUACAGCCCGGACAAAUACACCGAACUAGAGGGCUCGGCGUCCUCGAGUUCAUCCGAGGCCGGUGACGGCGCGGCGACCGGCAGUCGCAGCGGCUCGCCGACGCCGUGCAACAGCCCGGAGGCGCCUCGCAAGAGCACGAUGGAGACGCUGGAGUCCGCUGAGCCGGAACGCGACACUACCACCAUCACCAUCACCACUACCACCGCACCGACCGUCACCACCACCGCCGCUGCCGUUCCGACUAUGAGCACGCUACGCGUCGAGCGGGAUAUGCGACCGUCCGCUUCGCUGGAGGUGAGAAGCACGCAGGACCGGGAGCCCCAUCGCGAGAUGCGACCGUCCGCGUCGCUGGAUACUGGACGGCUGGACAUCAACAUCCGCAAGCCGGAACUGCGUCCCUCCGCCACGCUCGAUCGAUUGACUCGCGCGCAGAUGCUGCGGCAGAACGCGCUGAGGAGCCCCACUCAGGAGGAUCAGAAUCGCAAGCCACCGCCGAGCAACGAGCCCAGAUAUCUCCUGAUCGAGACGAGAAAGUGCUCGAAUCUCGGUAUAUCGCUGGUCGGCGGCAACGGCGUCGGCAUCUUCGUUCAUUCCGUUCAGCCGGGCUGUCUCGCCGAGGAGGCCGGUCUGUUCGCCGGCGACAGGAUUCUCGAGUACAACGGCGUGGAUUUGAGACAGGCGACCGCCGAGCAGGCCGCGCUCGAGCUGGCUCGACCAGCCGACAAAGUCACAAUGGUCGCUCAGUACAUGCACGACCGAUACAACGAGGUGAAGGACAAGCCGGGCGACAGCUUCUACGUGAAGGCGAUGUUCGAUCGCACCGGCGAGGUGGGCGACAGUCUGCAGCUGAGAUUCAGCAAGGACGACAUCCUGUACGUGGACAACACCAUGUUCAACGGCACGCCGGGUCACUGGCGCGCCUGGAUAGUCGACUCGACCGGGCGUAGGCAGACCUGCGGGAUCAUCCCCAGCAAAUUCAAAGUUGAGGAAGAAUUGCUGCUACGACGGUCGCUGGGCGAUUUGGAGCAAGACACGGGCAAGCGCAGCAAUACCAGUGCGAGAAGGAGCUUCUUCCGCAGAAAGAAACACCAGCAACGAUCGUCCAGCAGUAGAGACAGCAAGGAGAUGCAUCUCAGCGCGUCUGGCACGAUCAACCUGGGAUGGUAUAGCGAUAGCGGAACGCUGAACGAGGACAGUCUCCCGGCGAGUUAUCAGCGCGUUGAGAGACUCGACUAUCCCAGCCUGAGACCUGUGCUGAUCAUCGGUCCGCUCAACGACUGCGUGGCGACGAGGCUUGCGCAAGAAUAUCCGGGGCAGUUCACCAGAUGUCUGGCGGAGGCGAUGCAUUGUUCGCAGUCGGCCUUGGAGCAAGGCAUACGUGACGCAAUCUACGUGGAUUAUAAGAAGAAGGGCAAUUACUUCGAGUGCACGACGGUGCAGGCUGUUAAGGAUUUAUGCGAGAAGAAUAUACAUUGUAUUUUGGAUGUAUCGAUGGCUUCCAUCGAGAGGCUUCACAGACAUCAAAUCUAUCCGAUCGUGCUGUUAAUCAAAUUCAAGGAUAGGACGCAAAUUAAAGAGGUGAAGGAUUCCAGAUAUAUGAGUGAUAAAAUCAGUACAAAGGCUGCGAAAGAGAUGUUUGAGCAGACGCUCAAGAUAGAAGCAGAAUAUAAGCAGUUCAUCUCCGCCAUAAUCCCGGCAGGCGUGAACGUGGCAUAUAUAUGCACGCAAGUGAAAGCCUCGGUAGACGAGGAGCAGAGCAAAGCGCUAUGGAUUCCUAGAGGGGGUCCCUGACACAAAAGGGGGGGUCCCCACAAGCCGCAGUGGAAGUCAAUCUAAAUUCCACCAGGGGGCCCUUACGUCGUGCACACGUGCAAAAAUUGCUAUGCAAAAUCGAGUCUUUUAUUUAUGGUCUCUUGAUUUUCCGAAGGAAGAUACGACACCGCACGCGAAUUCUUCAUUUAGCGAAGAUUCGCCGCUUCCGAUCGUGCUAAUCGCUCAAUUUGGUUGUGAUAAUACGAAUUCUUGCAGUCCAUUUUGUUUUAGCGCAUUUAACUCGUUGAAUUAUUGCAAGUAUAAUGCAGGUACGUUUAUUUCAUAGUUUUUUUUUUCCGUCGCAUUUCGUUCGGUUGCUACUUGAAAACUGAAUUGUUUCGCUGUUUUUUAAUUAUGUGAACUUUUCUUUUGUACUAUCCGCAUCAGUAUGUCAAUAUAUAGCUCAUCUGUGAUCAUUGAAUUUAUAAAGAAACUAUAUAAUCCGCGAAUACAAACACUAAAUUUAGGAUUUAGAUCAGCUUUUUUGAGAAGAUCACAAGUAAAAUAUCGAUGAAAUUGGUGCUUGCUUUUUCCAAAUACUCGCUUGUUGCUACUCGGCUGAAAGUGCUGCCAGACAAUUUGUGCUUAACAGCCAGCUUGCUUCGGUCUUUAAUCGCGUAUAAUUAAGCAAUGCAACGGGAAAUGCAGCUAACGAAACCAAUAAUUCGUACGAGACCAUAAGUGGAUCACUAAAAAA